UCCUGCCGCCUCUUAUUGGGCAGUAAGGGGGAGAGACGCCUGCGAUCGAGGGCUUGCUGGUGAGCCGCAGGAAUAAUCUCACCGACAAAUGAAAGACUGACCGGCGAGAGGAAGACAGAGCUGCCAUUGACUGUCAAACCGAGAUGGAUGUGAAAGAGGAGAUGUGCGAGGCUGACAUAAAUGUCCUGGAGAUAAAGAUGGCACAUAUUAAAGAAGAGGACUGUGAAUGGGAGCCUGUUCACCUUAAGCAGGAGAGCCUGGCCAUUAAAGUGGAGGAGUGGGAAGUGGGGUCAGUGGGCAUUAAAGAAGAGGCAGAGGAGAGGUGUGUCGCCAUCGAGACACACAAAUGUGAAAGUGUAAAGAAUGUUGAGGAAGACGACCUUCAUUAUGGGUGUCAAGAUGGAAUGGUGACCGGGUCGGUCUCUGCAGAAAGCAGACGCUGUUUAUCUCCGGAAACAUCUGUCAAUGUGAAAUCUGCAACGUUACAGCCUGACACAAAAUCCGUUGAGGACGUUUCACUGUUUAGAACCUGGGAAGACCAGCCGCCACCUAUAAAUCAGUCUGGAGACAGAGACAAACUUCACUGCUGUUCUCAAUGUGGAAAACAAUUCUCACGAAUCACCAACCUGCAGACGCACAUAAGAAUUCACACCGGAGAGAAGCCUUAUUGCUGCCUGGAAUGUGGUAAGCGAUUUUCUGUGAUGUGCAGUCUUCAGGUCCACAGAAGAAUUCACACCGGGGAGAAGCCGUUCUGCUGUUCUGAAUGUGGUAAGAGAUUCUCUGACAGCAGCCACCUUCGCACCCAUGCAAGAAUUCACACCGGGGAGAAGCCGUAUUGCUGCUCUGAAUGUGGGAAACUGUUCUUACAAUUGAGCAAUCUGCAGAAACACACCAGAGUUCACACUGGUGAAAAGCCGUACUGCUGUUCAGAAUGUGGUAAACGAUUCUCACGAAUGAGCUAUCUUAAGAGCCACGCAAGAGUUCACACUGGGGAGAAGCCAUAUUGCUGUUCUGAAUGUGGCAAACAGUUCUCCGACAGGAGUAGUCUUCAAAGACAUACAAGAAUUCAUACAGGAGAGAAGCCAUAUUGCUGUUCAAAAUGUGGUAAAUGCUUCUCCAACAGAAGCCAUCUUCAGCUCCACACAAGAAUUCACACAGGAGAAAAGCCAUACUGCUGUUCUGAAUGUGGUAAGCGAUUCUCCAACAGCACUCAUCUACAGCAGCAUGCAAGAGUUCACAAUGGAGAGAAACCGUACAGUUGUACUGAAUGUGGAAAAAGAUUCUCCAGUCACAAUAUCCUUGUUGUGCACACUAGGGUUCACACUGGAGAAAAACCAUAUUGCUGUCCUGAAUGUGACAAACGAUUCUCCGACAGGAGUGGUCUUCAGAAACACUCAAGAAUUCAUGCCAGUGGGAAGAAUCUGGAGGACUCUACUGAACCCUCAUGGCAAACUUAAGAGACCAAAAGGAGAUGUAGCACAGAACUCCGAUACUAUUAAUGAGGGUGGUUCACAACUAUCAUGACAGCAUAAUAAAAAACCUAAUGGAGAAUCCCAGAUGACCAGCUGUCCUUCACUGAUCAUGUUGCUACUGCCUCUUGGUGUUGCGGAUUGACUCAAUGAAAUAUCAGCAAGAUCAAACUAUAACUGACAGAAUUUGGAACACAACUCCUGAUCCAGGCUUUGGUCCUGUCCCAUCUGGACUACUACAACUCUCUGCCAGCAUGGCAUAUGUCACCAUGACCAUGCAGAUGAUUCAAAAUGCAACUCCAUGUCUGGUGUUUAAAUAGGCGUGGUCAUCACAUGUCACUCUUCUCUUCAGAACAUUACGAUGACUCCACCACAGUGGCACACAUCAAGUUCAAACCUUUGAUGCUUACCUACAGAGUAGUCAGUGGGUCAGCAUCUACAUAUAUGGAGACACUCAUAUGGUCCUCUGCUCCCUAUUGCCCCCCUCAGGUCUGCUGUUAAGUGGCAUCUGGUGAUACCAUCUCUGUGUUGCAUUAAAUCUCAGUCUGGGCUCCAUAAAAGCAGCGGUGUUUAUGUGGCACCAAAUGCAAUGCAUUUUAUUACUACGUGGAUUAAAAAAUGUGGUAUGGGAUUUGUAACAAUGGGGUUAAUGUAUGUGAUGUGCCACCUGUUGGAAUGAAAAAAUCAAUGCAUUUUAUUACUACAUGCAUUAUUAAGUACAUUCCAAUAGGUGGGGCACUGCAAACAUUAACGCUGAAUUCUACGUUGGCUACUGAGAUUUAAACCCAUCUUGUAUGGGUAACAGAGCUAGUAGAAUAUAUGCUUACUUGUUCAGAAACUUUUUUCAAAACAAAAAUACUUGGAAAGUCGGCAAUGUCAUAUUCAAACUGUGCACUGAGAUGAUUUUAUUGUGUCAUAAAAAAACAUCACCCAAAAGGCUUUUCAGUAUGGUGCAUAACU